AGCGGCCAGAGAGAGACUGUACUGGCGGGCGGUUGCUGAAGGGGUUGUGGCUCCUGGUUAACUAGUUAGGUACCUCGUUAGCUAGCUAGCUAGCUAGUUAGUUAGAGCACAAGAAAAUGCUGCCGUCCAGGUUUCAGGUCCUGAGGGCAGCAGCCUCCUUCACCACCAGGGCUGUGUCCAUGGUGACCACAGCCUCCCAGGGCAGGGCUCCUGAUAUGGCGGAAGGAAACUCAGACUUGCUUGUGAGCAAUGUCAGGAACCGCCUGAGGGAGAUCGUGGGAGCAUCUACCAACUGGAGGGACCACAAACAGAUGAUGGCAGAGCGAGCAUCACUAUGUUCCCUGCUGGCCAGUUGCCAGGAAGACCUGCCGGUGCGCAGUAUGAAAGACAGCUAUGUAGAGGUGCAUCUGCCACUGGGGACUCAGCCUUUACUGAGAGAGAAGUACCUCACCUUCCACAACACUGUCAGGUUUGGUCGAAUACUAGAAGACCUGGACAGCUUGGCAGUGCUGAUUUGUUACUCUCAUACAAGGAACAAGGCACUGCAAAGGUCCCCACUGUCCAUCGUUACUGCUCUCGUGGACAAGAUCGAUAUGAGGAAGAACAUCAUCUACCCAGACUGUGACAUAAAGUUUACAGGUCAUGUAACAUGGGUGGGCAAGACCUCGAUUGAAGCCAAAAUACACAUGUCACAGUUCCACGAUGGGGACUACACUCCUGUGUUGGAUGCAACGUUCGUCAUGGUGGCACGAGAUCCUGAAAAUAAAAGGGCUGCAUAUGUCAACCCGCUGAAGCCAGAAGGCCAAGAGGAGGAAAAGUUCUUCCAGGAAGGGGAAGUGAACAAGAAGCGGCGUGUAGAACUGAGCACCGCUUCCCUGUUGAAGGUGGCACCCACUGAUGAGGAGAGGAAGCUCAUCCACAGCAUCUUCCUGAACACACUGGACUCCAAAACAGUGAGCUUCCGCAGUCGAGUUCUACCCCCUAAUUCUGUGUGGAUGGAGGAUGCAAAGGUGAAGGGACUGGAGAUAUGUCACCCACAGGAGAGAAACAUCUUUAACCGCAUCUUUGGUGGCUUCUUGAUGAGAAAGGCAUACGAGUUGGGCUGGGCCAAUGCCUGCUCCUAUGGUGGUUGUCGACCGAAUCUGGUUGCCGUGGAUGAUAUCUUAUUUCAGAAGCCUGUGGAGAUCGGCUCAUUGCUGCUCCUGUCCUCUCAGGUCUGCUACACAGAGGGCAAGUACAUCCAGGUCAGAGUUCACACCGAAGUGUUAGAUCCGUUGACAAGGCAACACAACACCACCAAUGUGUUUCACUUCACCUUCACUUCUCCUGAGGAGGUGCCAGCUAUUGUACCCAAGACUUAUGGAGAAUCAAUGUUGUACCUGGAUGGAAAGAGGCACUUUGAUCUGACUGUCAAGGGCCAAUGACAACCUGAAUAUUGACAAGUGGAGCUCUUUGGCAAAGCCUUAUCUUUGUCUGCAGUGCAUCUGUGACGAUGGGCAAAAAGAACCUUUUUAUUGCUAUAUAUAUUAGUUCAUAUUUAUGCAUGAAAGCAUUUUCAUUAUUUAGAGGAAUUAUUUUAUCCAUUUGUAUUUUGGGGUAUCAGUAGAGGAUGAAGAAACACACAAAAUGACAGAAUGUAAGGUCUUGGCCAAAUAUUUACCCUAGUGCCACAGCUGUCAAAUUUGAUUUUUCAGUGGUAGGUUGACACAAGUCUCAAGAGAUCCCACCAUUAUGAGUGUAGUGGAACUUUAAAUCAGUCUUUUGUUCACGUGCUAUAAGUUUAUACACUCCUUUCCAUGCACAAUUAGACUUAUAUACAUACUGUGUAGCUGUAAGGCCACAGUAUUCAGAUGGGACCCACUCACUGUAGAGGGGAUUACUACGUUGUGGCUGGAAUCCACCCAAUGAGAAACUUAAUGGGCAACAGUUGAAUUUUCUGUGGUCGCUAUUCACACCUGUACUCAGCUGUCACUUGAGUACCUGAUCUACUCAAAGGCCAACAGCUCCAACCCCCUGCAAAAAUUAUGGAAUCACCACACUUUGAGGAUGUUCACACAGCUUUCUUACGUUGUAGCAAAUAAAUUGGAGAGAACACACACACACACACACACACAUUUUCUGAACCGCUCGUCCCAGAUGGGGUCGCGGG